UGUCGGGGUGUUUUAUUGUGUCUAUACCAUCGAAGGAAAAGUUUUAAAGUUUCGUGUACAAUUUUAAUAUACCAAGACUGUGUGUGGUUUGACUCUUGUUCUGCUACAAAAUUUCUAAACAAUGAGUGCCACAGCAGAAGAAUGUACAUCAGCCCCGAAAGAGCUAUCGUUUGCAGAAAAACAAGCGGAGCGCAUGAAAAGACUUCGAUCAUUGCACUCUGCUAGAAACGAAGCAAGAACACACAACCACCAAGAAGUGAUUGCUGAGGAGGCUCGGAAAAAACUGCCGCCGAACUACGAGGCCAAGCGACGACAAGCUGAAUGGCUGCUCGACGACCAAGCAAAGCGUCAAGACGCAGAGAAAGCAGGGAAAGAUUACGACAGAGUGAAACUGUUAAACAUAUCAGCAGUAGAGGCUGAGCGACUCGAACGUAAAAAGAAGAAGAAGAAUCCUGAUGAAGGAUUCUCCACAUACGAACAAGCUACAGUGAGGCAAUACAACAGGCUGGUUAAAAAUAUGCCGGCGGCUGAUAUGGAGCAGUAUGAGAAACAGAAACAGAAGUAUGGCGCAGCGUUCUAUGGUGGACCUAAUGUUAUCAUUCAUGGGAUGCACAAGGACCGAAAGGAAGCUGUCGACAAGAUGGUUGAUGAUCUGGAAGGACAGAUUGCCAAGAGAGCUCGCUUCUCUAGGAGACGCGUCUAUAACGAUGAUGCAGAUGUCGACUACAUCAACAACAGAAACGCCAACUUCAACAAGAAACUGGAGAGAUUUUACGGAGAGCAUACAGCAGAAAUUAAACAGAAUUUGGAGCGUGGUACUGCCAUUUAGUAUUUGUAAACUACAAUUAUACCCUUAGUACAAGUUUCGUUACGUUUAAAGUAAACGAAACGAUAGCGCGUUCUUUCAAUUUCUGAUUUGGUUGGUUUAUUGGAGCCAGCCAAUCCAAGCGCCGAACGCGCUCUUGUAAUGUAAAGUUAAUUAUGUUCUUAGAAUAAAUUGCAGUUAAUUGUAAUGUAAUUGUUAAUGUUUUAGAGAUACUGUAACACCACAAGAAUGUGAAAAGUUUACUUGGGCUCAUAGUGCA